AUGGGUUUUCGGGCGGAUUUCAACCCACAGCAACCCACAGCAACCGCCCCAGCAAUCCACAGCAACCGCCCCAGCAAUCCACAGCAACUCCCAGCAAUCCACAUCAACUCCCAGCAAUCCACAGCAACCCCCAGCAAUCCACAGCAACUCCCAACAAUCCACAGCAACCCCCAGCAAUCCACAGCAACCUCCAGCAAUCCACAGCAACCCCCAGCAACCCACAACAACCCUCAGCAAUCCACAGCAACCCCCAGCAACCCCCAGCAACCCCCAGCAACCCACAGCAACCCCCAGCAACCCCCAGCAAUCCACAGCAACCCUCAGCAACCCACAGCAACCCCCAGUAAUCCACAGCAACCCCUCAGCAAUCCACAGCAACCCCCAGCAACCCCCAGCAACCCCCAGCAACCCACAGCAACCCCCAGCAACCCCCAGCAAUCCACAGCAACCCUCAGCAACCCACAGCAACCCCCAGUAAUCCACAGCAACCCCUCAGCAAUCCACAGCAACCCCCAGCAACCCCCAGCAACUCCCAGCAACCCACAGCAACCCCCAGCAACCCCCAGCAAUCCACAGCAACCCUCAGCAACCCACAGCAACCCCCAGUAA